AUGUUAGUGUCACCUGCAUUUUUAACUGCAGUAUUUUCUUCUGUGCUUUUGACAAACGUUCACGGAACACAUGGAUGGGACUAUUUUGUGUUCAGCUUAGAAUGGCCACCUACCUAUUGUUCUUCGCAUACUUGUAACCUACCUCGUCAUAUGAGACAACAAUUCAACAUUCAUGGAUUAUGGCCCACCAUCUGGCCGAAUGGUAGUCCGACAAACUGUUCCAGAAGUGAUUUUAAUGUGAAAAGUAUUGAGCCUAUUUAUAAAGACUUACAAACACAAUGGGCAAAUUUAGAGGAUUUUGAUGAUCCUGAAGACUUUUGGAAACAUGAAUGGAAUAAACAUGGAGUGUGUUCAGUGCAUAGUGCGGUUAUCUCGAAUGAGUUAGACUAUUUCAAUACAUCUCUGGCUAUUAAAGCAAAAGUGAAUUUAUUAAGACGUCUUGAGUCAAUUGGAAUCAAACCAAACAACAAAGUUAAUUUAAAGAGAGAUGGACUUCUUGUACAAUUGAAAAAGUUGUUCAAUGUAAAUGUAUUGAUUUAUUGUGCUUUAAAACAUCGUCAACCGGCAAAAUUGUCUGAAAUUCGUGUCUGUAUGAAUCCUUCUUUGGAUUUCAUCAGCUGUCCGAAAUCGGAAGAAACAGAAGAAGGAGAACACCAUAGCCAACAACAACAACAGCAAUACUCCGUUAAUGUUUGUUAUGCUGAUGAAUUCAGAGUUAAUAAUAAUAAUGAUGUCUGUGACACACACUUACCAUGGUUUAAUCUUUUUCCCAGUUGUCCAAGUCGACAAGAACAAAAAGGACAGCAGCAACAACCGAUGUGUACACUGCCAAUGUUAACAUCAAAUUCACCAUGUCCUGAAGAGUUAAUAUUUCCAGAUUUCACAUAA